UAAGCUCCAACGUUCCCAAAUGAGACAAAGUCUGUAACAAACCACACCCGCACCCAAAUCGCCCCAAAAACCCAAAACCAUGAAAAAACCCACAAUCCCAGAAUUCUACCGCAACAAAACCAUCUUCAUAACCGGCGGAAGCGGUUUCAUCGGGAAAGUCCUCGUCGAGAAGCUCCUUCGAUCGUGUCCAGACCUGAAAACCAUCUACUUACUCUUGCGAGAAAAAAAGGGUGUGGCUCCCGAGGAAAGAAUCAAAACCAUCAUCGAUUUACCACUCUUCGACGUACUCAAAUCGACAAACCCUGACUCUCUGAACAAAAUUAAGGUCGUCGUUGGCGAUGUGCGGGAGCUGGAUUUGGGGUUAAAUCUUCAGGAACGUCAACUCUUGAUUGAUGAAGUGAAUGUGGUUUUUCAUGGAGCGGCGUCAGUGCGUUUUGAUGAUAGUUUAACGGAUGCUGUUAUUAUGAACAUCCGGGGGACCAGAGAGGUUGCUAAGUUGGCUCUAGAAAUGAAGAAUUUGGAUGUUCUUGUUCACGUUUCGACUACUUAUUGUAACACUGACCGGAAAGUGGUUGAAGAGAAGUUGCAUCCGGCGAUUGCCGACUGGGAGAAGACUAUAGAGAUCGUUGAAAAGAGGAAUAAACAUACAAUGAAUGUGAUUACGGAAAAAUAUAUACAUCCACAACCAAAUACUUAUACGUUCGCGAAAUCCCUGGGUGAGCAUGUUGUGUACGACUUGUGCGACGGGAAAAUACCGGUGGUUGUCUACCGCCCAUCUAUUGUUGUCCACACUGCCCAGGAACCCAUGCCAGGCUGGAUCGACAACUUCAACGGUCCCAUAGGUCUCAUGGUAGGUUCCGGAAAAGGUAUAAUUCGAACAAUAUAUUGUGACGGCAACACCAUCACCGACUGUGUCCCAGUCGACAUGACCGUCAAAGCAAUGAUCAUAUCUUCAUGGAAACAAGCCACAUUCAAAAACCCAAACCAGCGACUAACAACCUCCUUCUACAACGGCAGCAACAACGACAUCAAAUCACUCAAUUUAGUAAGAUUGCUUUCCAUAAACAAGAAAAUCUGGUGGAGGAACCCCUUUAACAAUGUCUUAUGGUACCCGAAUCCGAGAAUGACGAAGUGCUACUACAACUACUUCGUCCAGAUGCUGUUUUACCAUCUCCUUCCGGCUUUAGUCAUCGAUGGGUUGCUUAAGUUAACGGGGAAAAAACCCAUGUUGGUCAAAAUCCAGAGGAAGAUCCACGUGGCGAUGUUAGCUCUGGCUUAUUUUAGCACCAAUCAUUGGACGUUCAUCAACAAUAAAUUUUACGAUUUAAAGACGGAUAUACUUCCUGAAGAUGUUGACAGUUUUUCGUAUAAAGACGAAACGACUCAGAUUUAUGAGUUUAAUAAACAGGCGAUAAUCGGUGCUAAAAGGUAUCUUUUAAAGGAAGGCGAAGACUACGAAGAUGCCAAGAAACAUAUGCAAAGGUUGUGGAUUUUGGCAAAAGUUGUUAAUUUCUUGUGGUAUGUGGGACUGUUUUGGGUCCUCAUUGUUAAACUGGACAUUAUGUCUAGUGUACUUAGUAAUAAUAAUGGGGUAAUUGUACAUUUAAUGACCAAUUAAUUUUUGUGUCUGUAGAGUGUGGGUAUUUGGAAUUGUAUAUUUUC